AGAUGGAAUUCGACCCUAGAAAUGGUCAAUCUAAUCCAGCGAAACAAAUCUCCACUGACCACUACCCUGGCUCAGCAAAAGAACAAUGUUGCCAUGUUGAUUUCACAGGAGCUUGCCAAACUGCAAAAGCUGGAGGAACUACUUGAACCUUGCAGAUAUGUGACUGAACUGCUGGGGGGAGAGCAUUAUGUCUCCUGUUCAGUGGUGUUGCCAGCCUUGUGCCACUUGUUCAGAAUUAUGGAGUCCACAGACGAUGAUCCAGUCUAUGUAGUGAAAUUCAAAAAAGACUUUACAACAGACCUAGCUAAACGGAAGAACAGCACCAACCUCACAUGGCUGAAGAUCGCUAUUGCACUUGACCCAAGGUUUAAAGACCUAAAGUGUCUUCCCAAAGAUGAAAGGGAUGAGGUUUGGACUUCAGUAAGCAACCUGGUAAUGACAGAAAGUCCUGAAAAACAACCAUCUGAAGAGACAACAGCAAAACAGCCGCCAAAGAAGAGAAGGAUGUCUGUCUUGGUGAUUUCUUCUGAUACAGAUACAGAUGAAGAGCCCAUAGAACAAUGUCUGAACUGCUACAAAGUAGAGGCCAAAAUGGACAUGGAGGGGUGUCCACUACAGUGGUGGACAAAGAGAAAAGCAACGUAUGUCAGGCUGGCAUCCAUUGUACGCAAGUAUCUGUCAACCCCUGCAACCAAAGUGCCUUGUGAGAGGUUGUUCUCGCUCUCAGGUCACAUCAUUCAAAAGAAGAGAGCUUCAUUGUCCCCAGACAAUGUAAAAGGACUGGUCUGUCUCAGUAACUGGCUGAAUGUAAAGGAGGUCUAAGCCAAAUUGUUUCUAGUUAAUAUUCUGAACUCUCAGCAAUAUUAUUUUAUGUCGAGUACAAUUGUUUGUGUUCUUUCCCUGUUAUUGUUUUCAUAUUUGUAAGGCCUAUUUUGAGGACCUUUUUGCAAUUCACUUGAACAUUGAAAACAUGUUUUUUUUAUUGGCCUUGAUAGUUUUGAAAUUCAAAAUGGCACUUUAACAUAUAGGCCUGUGUUUUGUUAUUUCUGUAAGAAAUAUGCCUUUCAA